AUGUCAAAGAAUCAAGAGAAACUAAAAAAGGAAUUACUGGAAUAAGUAAGCAGAGACGUUCAAAGUGCUUAAGACCCUCAGAAGGAAGCAUUUAAAUUAGUUUAGAAUGCCAAUGAAACCUUUAAAUAAUUUGAAUCUGCCCUCAAAAAGCCAUUAGAUGAUGAGAUGCUAAAACAAAGAGGUUCAUCCAAGAAAAAUGUCUAGUUUGCAGAUACCAUUAAAUCUUCAGCAGAAAUAGAUCGAUCAAAAUCAGUUGAAAAUAAAAAGGAAGAAAAGCCCAUCCUAUAACCAUAAAUCAAAUAAAAUGAAAUUAAAGCUAUUGUGCCUGAACGUUAGAGUAGAGCGACAAAAAAGGAAGGCAAACCAGAGAAGCCAAUUUAAAAGACAAAUCCUAAGCAGGAGAAGCCAACAACUGCCAUUCCAGAAAAGAAGCCAUAAUAAAAGGAAAAUUAGGAUUCAAAGAAAAGCAAUUAACCAGAUUAGUCUCAAAAACAAUAAACAAUAGUACCUCAAUAGCCAAUUCAAGAGAAAGAAAGAGCAAACUAAUACUAAAAAUAAGUGAUAUCUGAGAGUGAAUCCUCAAGUGGGUAUGAUGAUGCCAGAAGGGAGAAAGGCCACACUUGUAGAAAACACUCAAAGGAGAGGGAAAUAGCUAAUAAAUAUGAAGAAAUAAUAGUGAGAAAUCAAGAAUCCGCUUAAUAGUUAUAAAUGCAAUUGAAUGAAUAGAAUAUUGAAAAAACCAAAUUAAUAACUGAAAACACUAAGCUAACUAGUAUUAAUGAUAUGCUUUCACAAGAAAUAAGAAACUUGAAUAAAUAGUUGAGUCAGUCAAAAAUGUAGAUUGAACAAUUGGACAAAUAAUUAUACGAUUUAAAAUAAGCCUCUAGAUCUGAGUUGUUGAUUGUAAAGGAUUAACUUUAGGAAUCUAAAUUCCAAUGUGCAGAAUUAGACAACAGAAAUAAUUAUCUCAACAAAGCUAAAGAUACAUUUGAGUAGAAUCUAAAACAGUUUGAAGCUGAAGUCGGAAGAUUGCAGAAAAUCAAUCUUUAACAAACUCAAGCUGCAGCUCAAGACAAGUUGGCUAUUUUAGAGAAGGAUGGCACAAUCGAAAGAUUACAGAAAUUGAAUCAUCAAUUGAGUGUUGAUCUCAACUAAAUAAAUACUCUGUAUAAGGAAGUCAAUGAAAAACAUAAGAGUUUAUUGGCAGCCUACAAUAGUUUAGAGAAUCAGAAAAUUACCAUAGAGAAUGAUCUAGAGUUUAGAAAAAAGGAUCAAUAGGAGCAUUUGAGUACAUUAAAAGAAAAGAUUUAGAAACUAACCAAUCAGAAGAGUGUAUAUGAUGAAGAAUUGGCGAAGAUGCAACAACUUACUUAAGAUGCUAAGGCUGAAAGAGAUCAAUUUAAAUUGCAAUAUGAAUAAAUGAAGGUGUUAUGUUCUGAAUCUGAGGAGUUGAGGAAGAGAUUGAAACUCAGGGAAGUAGAAAAUGAAUAAUUACAAUGUGAAAAUGAUAAAUUGAAAUGGAAAGUAAGAAAAGAUCCCAAUGGUAUAUUGUCAGAUUUAAAAAUAAUGAAAUUGUAAGCAGAAGAUCCCAAUGCCAAAGUAUCCAUGGAACAAUUAUCGAAGUUGGACAACCAGGUUAGGUAAUUAUAAGAGGAGAAUAACAGAUUAACGGCAGAAAAUAAGUAGUUACUAAAAUAAAUCUAAUAAACUGAGUUAUAUGUUUAAGAAGUGAAAUCUAUGUUUGAUAGGGAAAGAUCGUUUUUGGAAGAGAAAGUAUUUCACAAGGAGAAGGAAAUCAAUGAGUUGAUUAUACGACAUCGACAUGAGAUGGCCGAAAUUGAAAAUAAAUAUCAAGAUCUACAUAGGAGAUAAGAAAAUGAAAACAAAUAAAGACAAACACAUCAAAACUACCAACAAUAAUCAUAUUCCCAAUAUAAUUAAGCUGGUGCAACUUAACAAUCAGGUUCUAAGGUAUCUCCAUACAGUGUGCCUUAACUAUAAGCCAAAAUUAAAUCCUACAUUUGA